AACUGCUCAUAUAGCCAUAUGCAGUUCCAUGUUGCUUGAUGAAAGUGGUGUUGUCUGAUCUCUUAUAAGGUUAAUAAUACACGAUUUGUUUAAUUACUUUCUCGCUGUUAGUGACGAAAACAGAACGGACAAAAAUGAAAAUGAUCAUAGGAAUCGGCGGCGUGACCAAUGGUGGAAAAACCACACUGACCAAUAGGUUGGUCACAGCCUUGCCCAACUGUUGCGUGGUGCAUCAAGACGACUUUUUCAAGCCUCCGGAUCAGAUAGAGGUCGGAGAGGACGGCUUUAAACAGUGGGAUGUAAUAACAUCACUGGAUAUGGAAGCCAUGGUGAAUACCAUCAAAGGCUGGAUGGAGAACCCAGUCAAGUUUGCACGCUCUCAUGGCAUCCAGGUGACCCCAGUGAUAGAAAUGGGACCCCCAGAGGACGAAAACCACAUUCUCAUCGUGGAGGGAUUUCUCCUGUACAAUUACAAGCCUCUGAUGGAAGUAUUUGACAAGCGUUACUACAUCACCAUCCCUUAUGAAGAGUGCAAGAGGAGGAGAAGUACAAGACAGUACAUCAUCCCUGACCCUCCAGGCCUGUUUGAUGGUCAUGUGUGGCCCAUGUACCUGAAACACAGAUCAGAGAUGGAGGAAAGCCUCUUGCCAAUUGAUCACCUGGAUGGUUUGAAAUCUAAAGAUGAGCUCUACCAGCAGGUGUAUGAAGACCUCAACAAUACACUUUUGAAUCAUUUAUAGCAGCAGCAUCCUGGCCAGCAGUGCCCAUGUAUACAAUUGUAAAUAGCCCCUCAUGAAGUUGUCUCUUUCUUUCCUUCUUUUUCUUUCCUUCUUAUUUUAUUUUUUAAUACCUUGUUUUAAUCCAAAUGUAAUUGUAAAUAUGAUGGAAUGUUAACUUAUAACUUUUUUGAGGAAACUUUUAUGUUUUGGUAAGCCUUAAUAUUGUUUUGUCCAUUUGAGGAUGCUGUUCUGUGCACUAUCUAUGCUUAUUCCAUGCAGACAAUUCAGUAAUGGAUUUCCAAAUAAAUUUCAAGUUACCUGCCCAUCA